AUGGACAUCCUGAGCCAGGUUGUUCCACGUCUGGUAGCUGUAAUACCAGACGAGUUCAGUUUAUCGACGAGGGUAGUGCCUCGGAAAGUGGCAAACAGCGAUGAGUCAGGCCGUGAAUACUCAGACAUCGAAGAUUUAUCCAUCAGGCGACAUUUCUCCUUCACUGGGGAAACAGAGAUGAGUCAAUACAUGAAUUCGUUGAACUUCUACAGCGUAAAUUCUAUAACGGAAGUUACCUCACAUACUGCAAACAAUUCAACGUCUCUGUAUCGAAAGUAUAUUGAGAAUGUGUUGAAAACCAGAGGAUUAGGCAAGUCUCUCACAUUUCUGCACCGUUUACAUAAUGUUGUGUUGCGAAAAGCUCAGCUGACACUGGAGAAACCGGGUACACAAGAGCACGAAGACGAUUAUUUGUUCGUCGAAGAGGACAUACCAUGUAUCGAACCACCCCUUGAAAAGGUCCAAGAGAUUGAACUGCGCCGUUACGGAGCUUGGAGCGAUGAGGCUAAAAAAUUGAAUCUGCCUUCGUAUGUUUCGGCCUUCAUCUUUUUAUCACUUAUCCCAUUAGAAGUGAUUCAAGAGUUCCUCAAGAUGCGGUUGGAAACAAAACCAAUGCAACCGAAUCCGCUAAGUCUUGAACAACACAUCAAAGAGCUCAAGGAAGGUCUUACUUUGGCCAUGAUUCAUCGCGAUCGUUUUCAAAAGCACAUCAAUACAGCGCUUUAUGAGCGGGAGUCAGAGUUGGAGAGAUAUAUGACUGUUUUGGAAACAUUCGACGGUACAGUCAAGAAUAUCUUUGAGCUGUACUUGGAAUUUGCUGAGCAGUGGAUAUUAGUGGCCACACCAGAAUGCCACCAAAAUCAGCAUUGGACGAAGAAUGGCGUUUUACGAAGCUUGUUUGUCCAAUGAUUCCUGGACAACAUGCUGCCGCUGCCAAACGGUUUUGUAAUAUUGUAGAGAAAGUCCUAGAAAAUACGGGUAGGAAAAUGUAUUCA